AUGGGAAAAGCUACAAGGUGGCUGAAGAGCAUAAUUGGUAUAAAGAACAGAAAAGACUGCUCGAAUUCCGGUGACCGGAAAGGCAGAAAACGGUGUGGUAUUGGCCAUUCAAGGAGGGACUCAAGCGGCAGAGGAAUCAUGUUCGGCAAACAUGAGAGACGACAGGCCGCCGUUAAAAUUCAAACUGUCUUUCGAGGUUAUCAGGCUAGAAGAGCACUUCGAGCUUUGAAAGGAUUAGUGAAGAUGCAAGCGUUAAUUAGGGGAUAUUUUGCGCGGAAACAUGCUACGAUUAUGCCUCGGAAAGCUCGUGGACUUGUUAACCAUGAAGCCAACAGAUUCGACAUUGGAGCACGAAGAUCAAUGGAGAGAUUGUAUUCUUUUGACAUUUCAAAUGGCAUCGAUGAAAAUCUCAGAUCGGACUUCCAAGAUGACCAGCCGCUUCAUCGGACGUCGUCGUCUCCAUUUCUAUGUCGAAUUCCGGUGCCCCGAGUUUCGAUACAGGAAGGCGGGCACUUUGAAGACAGCGAUUGGGGUUUAAGUGGUUAUGAAUGCAGGUUUUUUACAGCGCAAAAUACACCUCGGGUCAUGAGUUCUAGUGGGUCUAAUGCCUCGGUUGCACCUCCCAAGAGCGUGUGCAUUGAUAACUGGUUUAGACAGUACGGGAAUUUCCCAAAUUACAUGGCCAACACACAGUCAUUCAAGGCUAAAUUGAGGUCACAUAGUGCUCCAAAGCAAAGGCCAGAGCCAGGGCCCAAAAAUCGCCUUUCUCUCGAUGAAAUUGGGUUGGGAUGCAGAGAUGGUUCUCACAAGCUCAGGGCUGAGUCAUUGGGAAACUUUGAUUCAUGUUAA